UGGAGACGGCGCCACUGUUUCUCACGCACCAUCUGUGUUUACAGCGCUUUGAGAGAGAAAGAGAGUCUCGGAUGCGCUUCUGUUGGUGGACUUUGGAAAAGCUGGACAAACUCCUGGGAGACCUUUGCGCUGCUUGGUUCGGCGACUUAGCGACGUUUCGCAGCGGCCGGUAAGCGGCGCACCGCACGAGAUGAAGCUCCAGCUGCUGAGCGGCGCGCGUCCCGGUGCGCCUUCGCCGCUCUCCGCCGAGGACGAGUUGGGCUCGGAUGGAGACUGCGUUGCGCACAGCCCUGCGCCACCGACAUCCGUUAUCAGCUCCGCAGGGGUUACGGGAGCCAUGGGUUCCUCCAGCAGCGGCGGCGCGGGUGCGCGCACGGACUCCAAAAGCAAACCGUACACGCGCAGACCCAAACCGCCGUACUCGUACAUCGCCCUGAUCGCGAUGGCCAUCCGGGACUCGAGCUCCGGCCGCCUCACGCUGGCCGAGAUCAAUGACUACCUCAUGCGGAAGUUUCCCUUCUUCCGCGGCAGCUACACGGGUUGGCGCAACUCGGUGCGCCAUAACCUGUCACUCAAUGACUGCUUCCUCAAAGUGCUGCGGGACCCCUCGCGCCCGUGGGGCAAAGACAACUACUGGAUGCUCAACCCCCACAGCGAGUACACGUUCGCGGACGGCGUGUUCCGGCGCAGGAGGAAGCGCAUCGGCAAGAAGAAGCAGGACGAGGAGGACGAGGACGAGCAGGAAGUCUCCAGGCGAGGAGGAAGAGCAGGAGGUGCAGAGGCCCUCGUGCAAGUGGCUCCAAACAGCUCGGGCUCCAAGUUCUCCAGCUCCUUCGCCAUCGACAGCAUCCUCAGCACGCCGUUCAGAAGCGAAGAGAAGCGGCAGCAGCAGCAGCAGCAGCAGCAGCUGCGAAGGGACUUUUACUACUUCUCUUCCUCGCCCUCCUCCCUUCUUCUCCUGCCUCCUCAUCUUCCUCCUCCUCCUCUUCCUCUCGGCUCGGUCGCGACCACCGGAGGGGGCUACCACCACCCGUUUCAGAUAGACUACCUGCUGGCGUGACGGGUGGAGGAGAAGGAGGAGGAGGAGGAGGUGGAAGACCCCCUGUUUGUUUUCAAUGGGGGAGGUUGGACAUGAUGGCACUUUAAAACACGCACUGGACGUUAGCAGCAAACAUUUCGUCAUUUCAACAUCCUGUUGCCUUGGAAACUUUGGGUUAGAGGGUUGAGGGGUUGGGGGGUUACAAGAGAUGGACUGUAUGAUGAUGGAGGGAUGGAGGGAUGGAGGGAUGGAAUGUACGCACAAAGAGUAAAUACUCGUUUGCUAAUGUAUUUAUGACGGCCUUUCUUUUAUACAUAACUCUAUAGAGUUUGUGUGCUUUGUUGCUGAAAACGGGGCCGUUUGCCUUUAGCUGUUGUUUAUCUUCAUGUCUUUGAUACGAAACAAUACGACUGACAGACACCACUGGUCAGCUACGCGGUACAGGUGACAGGUGAGAAGUGGCCCACUCACCUGCUCGUGAUGGAACUGGACAGCACUGUAAAUCUCUACUGAAAGAAUGCAUGCGUUUUUAUAGGCUACUGAAUAAUAAAAUUGAUUUCAACUGCA